AUGAAAAUAUGCUUAAUAGUUUUAGAUGGUUGGGGUCAUAACUUAAAGCCUAAACAAAAGGAUGCCAUACAAGAUGCAAACUGUAAAAACAUGCGUUUUUUAUCUAAAAAAUAUUUAAGCUAUUUAAUUCAUGCUAGUGGUAAAUACGUUGGAUUACAUGAAGGCUGUAUGGGAAAUUCCGAAGUAGGACAUCUGACAAUUGGUUCUGGUCGCGUAGUCAAACAAAAUAUUAUUUUGAUUGAUGAGGCAUUCUCAUCAGGUUCUAUUAAAGAAAACCUUAGAUCUCUUAUAGCACUAAAUAAAAAAAGAUUACACUUAAUCGGGUUGGUGAGUGAUGGUGGCAUACAUUCUCAUGUAAACCAUUUAAUAGGACUAAUAAACACACUUAGUAAAAAUUUUGAAGAAAUUUUUGUUCAUUGUAUUUCAGAUGGGCGCGAUACAGCACCUUACGCUUUUACUGAAUAUUUAGAUUGUAUACUUACAAAUUGUUUGGAUUCGCAGAAUUACAGUAUUGCUUCAGUAGGGGGAAGAUUUUACGCCAUGGAUCGUGAUAAUAAUGAAGAUAGAAUAAAUAAGUAUUUUAAUACAUUGACCUCAGAAAAAGAAUUUGAUAACAUUAAAAAUUAUAUUAAAGAUCAAUAUAACAAAGGAUAUAACGAUGAAAAUAUUGUUCCUGCAUUAUUUAGUACAAAAGGAAGAAUUCAAAAAGAUGAUCUUAUAUUAUUUUUUAAUUUUCGUGCUGAUAGAAUGCGGCAGAUUACGAAAAAAUUUAUAAAUGAAAAAUAUAAUUUGUUUACAUUUACCGAAUAUGAAAAAGGCUUGACUCAAAAUGUUAUCUUUAAACCUAGUAAAGUUAUAAAUACACUCUCCGAUAUUCUUGAAAAGAAUGGUAUUGAACAAGUUCACAUUGCUGAAACAGAAAAGUAUGCGCAUGUAACCUAUUUUUUCAAUGGUGGAACAGAAAAAAAGCAUAAAUUUGAAGAUAGAAAAAUUGUUGAAUCAAAAAAGGUUAAAUCUUUUGCAGAAAAUCCUAAAAUGUCAUCAGAAAAUAUUGCUAACGAAAUAAUUACAAGUAUUACAGAAAAUAAACAAUUUAUUGUAGCAAAUUUCGCAGCACCAGAUAUGGUAGGACAUACAGGAGAUUAUAACGCAACAGUAAAAGCCGUUGAGUGCGUUGAUGAUCAAAUUGGUAAAAUUUAUAAUCAAUGUUUAUUGCACAAUUACGUUUUAAUAAUAACGGCAGACCAUGGCAAUGCAGAAAUUAUGUUUGAUGAAAUACAAAAUUUAGUCAGUAAAAAACAUACAAGCAAUAAAGUUCCAUUUAUUGUAACAAUACCCAAAGAAAGAACAAAAAAUAAUACCGAUUGGGGCUAUGAAAACUCUGAAUAUUCAUUAGCUGAUGUUGCGCCUACAAUAUUAUCACUAUUUGGCAUUGAGCCACCCCAAGAAUUUACAGGAAAGCCAAUUGUAUAA